AUGGCAAAAAUACCGUAUGCAGCACCAACCAAUCGUGAUGGAAUUGAUUGGUUCAUUAGAUGCACGCAAAAAAUGAUAGUAGUUCGCCAAAUGUUAUACGAGGGGAUUGGAACAUGUGAAGAUGAAGAAAAAGUUGGAGGAGCAGUGGUCGAAAAAUUAAGAAGAGGAACAUGGCAAUUGACAGGUCGUGAAUGGCAAGAAAAGGAAAGUGAUGCAUAUAAUAAUGAAACGAGUGUUGUUUUGAGGGAAGAACAAGAAGGAAAUUGGGUCAUGGUUAAACAAUGCCGUGGUAGAGAAGAAAGCCUUGAUUAUUCUUUAUGCCCAGAAUUUGAAGAUGAACAAGGAGCCAGACAGUCAACCGAAUGUUAUAAUAGAUAUUCUUCUUCGGCUGGAAUGUCCGUGAUGAAUGAGCAUCGAGCUACAAGGGGGAGCACGACAAGAACCCACUUCUUAAAACCAUUUUUUGAAUCUCUCUUGCAUGCUUCAGCUUGCCUUCAAUACGGAAUAGAUCAAUAUGCUUACUCAUUAUAUGGAAUAGAUGCAAAAUUUCAAAUUGCUUUAGAAGAAGAAUUAAAAAUCGAAAACUUUGAUAUUAUAAUUACCAAAUUCCCCCGUUGGAACGGAGUUGUACCAGAGUGGGGUGAAAGACUCUUGUUGGAAGUCGGCCAAGCGAUUAAGGGAG